CAUUAAUCCAUUCAUUGAUCGACCGGCCUUAAUGGUACUCAUCUUCAUCCUUCAUUUAUCAUCAUUUUAUUUCUCAUUCUUCAAUAAUUAUUCUUUGAUUUGACCAAGUUUGAGCAAGAGGAUAGGGGAAGAUAGAAGCGUUUCCCCAUAAUCAAAGAUAGAACGAAGCUUACGCAAUGUCCUCAAACUGGACUCGUUCAAACGUGAGCAAAACCUACGCCCCAAGAAUAGCAUGGGUCGGAAUUGAACGUGCGCACUAACCGCAACUUCAACAACAAUAAUGAGAAAUGAGAAAGAAGAAACAAAGAAAAGAGAAAAUCGAUGUAGAACUGUAGUCAUGAUUUCAUUUACCAAACAAAAAUCAGAGACAUGAGAAGGCUUAGGAGAAUCACCAAGCUGUUUAUUUUCUGGGUUUUGGUCGCACUCCACGCUCAAGCUCUCUCCACAGAAAUAGGAGAUGCAGGCCACAAGCAUGCUAAAGCCGAAAAGGAGAAGCUAUCCAUUGCAAAGAUUGUCAUGGGCGCAGUUUCCCUCCUCAGAAAAUCCCAUGAAAUCUCAUGGAUCAAGAUUAAGACCAUCAUGAACAACAUGCAGCUCCAAUUCUUCCCUCCAGAUUUAGACUUGAAAAAUUGUGGAAACAGCUUUAGAAGCAGGGACGAUGCGAUUGUCGACGACCAGAAUAAUGCGGGCUCGAAAGUGAAACGUGCGGUCAAGAAGAGCUUUGGGACUAGCAAAGUGGCGGUGGAGGAAACUGCAAAAUCUGCGGCUGAAGUUGUGGGAAAAGCGGUGCGCAAAACGGCGGAGAAGGUUAAAGAAAACAUAUCCGAUGAAGAUGAAGGCGAAGAGUCAAAAUCGGAGCUUUAACGAAAAGAUUGGUCAAAUGAUGCCGUCGUAUUAGUUUCGUUUUCCUUUUUCCCCUUAAAUGUUGUACUAGUUGAUUAGUGAAUUCUUGGAUUAUCUCCUUGAACCAAAGCUGCAUUUGCAUGCAGAAGUAAUUAUGCUCUUGAUCUUAA